GGUUGGUGAUGAUGGUGUUGGUGUUGACAUCAUCGUAUCAUGUUACCUACUCUACUUAUUUACCUUCUUUAACUCUUAACUCGGUAGGUACAUAAAACAAAACAGUAAAAACCCACCAAUAAUAAACAUCAAACUACAAAAACCAAAUCCAAUCCAAACCAUAAACCUUUUACCUGUGACCUUCCUUCACACAACACAAUCUUCCAUGGCUGCAACUUCAGCAUCAUUGGCUUCUCAACUCUACAUUGGCCUCCGCCGCCCCUGCCCCAAGCUCGAUGCUUUCAAUUCACAAUCUUUCCCUGCCUUCGACCCCAAUCUUCGCCUCUCCCUCUCUCCUCCCAAGCCCUCACGCGCCGUCGUCGCCAUGGCCGGCACUGGCAAGUUCUUUGUUGGUGGCAACUGGAAGUGUAACGGAACAAAAGACUCCAUCAGUAAGCUUGUCUCUGACUUGAACAGUGCAAAAUUGGAGCCUGAUGUUGAUGUUGUUGUCGCACCUCCCUUUCUGUACAUUGAUCAAGUGAAAAACUCACUCACUGAGCGGAUUGAAAUAUCUGCCCAGAAUUCUUGGGUGGGAAAAGGUGGUGCUUUCACUGGAGAAAUCAGCGUGGAACAACUGAAAGAUCUUGGAAGCAAGUGGGUUAUUCUUGGACAUUCUGAGCGAAGACAUAUUAUUGGAGAAAAUGAUGAGUUCAUAGGAAAGAAAGCUGCCUAUGCUUUGAGCCAGGGUCUUGGAGUGAUUGCAUGCAUUGGAGAAUUGUUAGAAGACAAGGAAGCUGGGAAAACUUUUGACGUUUGUUUUCAGCAAUUGAAGGCUUUUGCAGAUGCAGUUCCUAGUUGGGACAAUAUUGUUAUUGCAUAUGAACCUGUAUGGGCCAUUGGAACUGGCAAAGUGGCCACUCCCCAGCAAGCUCAGGAAGUACAUGCAGCUCUUCGUGAUUGGCUGAAAAAGAACGUCUCAGCUGAAGUUGCAUCUAAAACGCGAAUUAUUUAUGGCGGGUCCGUAAAUGGAGGGAACAGUGCUGAGCUGGCAAAGCAAGAAGAUAUUGAUGGAUUUCUCGUUGGAGGUGCUUCAUUAAAGGGUCCUGAGUUUGCUACAAUUGUGAAUUCAGUAACAUCCAAGAAAGUUGCGGCUUGAUUACUCAUUGUGUGUGGUUUUGGCAAUAUGAGAGCAUUAAGGAUAAAUUUGGCAAUAAUAUGGGUGUAUUAUUAUCAAACUUACUGCUUCAUUUUCUUUGCAAACAGUAGGAAUGGCAUCCUGAGUUUUCCGAAGAGCCAGUGUUUUCAUACAGCAAUUAGAGAUACAAAGAUGGUACAAUGCAAUAAAUUAUAAAUGUUUCUGAAUUA